AUGGGGGCGGCGGCGUUAUUAUUUGUAUUUGUUUGUAUUUAUCAAAACAUUGAUGCCUCACCAAAUGAAAUUACAUUUCCGCUAUCCAAUUAUAAAUCAGAAAUUGCACCACUUGAUCCAAAACCCCUUCCAGUUCCUUGGCAAACUGACGAUAGUGACUAUUUUAUCGACAAAUAUUUCUCUGAUCCAAACAAAAGAACAAUUAAUUAUAGCCAUAUGAAAAGGAAUGAUGACGAUUAUGUACGAAGAGGCACAGAUUACAUGCCAGAGGAAAGACCCUUUGCGUAUGGAAAAUAUAAUGAUGACAUCUACACUUCAUCACAAUGUAGAAGAAACUCUGAAUCCGUUUAUAAUCAAAAGGAUUACAACGAUGACACGCGUCUGAGACAGGAUAUCUAUGAACGAGAAAAAUCUUAUCCGAAAUCUCAUGAAUAUCCCGAGAAAUGUUUUAACACCCAAAGAUUCAACGAAGAAUAUGAAAUACCUAGGCAAAGCCAACGCGACAGAAUUUGUUCAGACAAUAUAAAAAAAACGUGUGAUUAUUAUAGACCGGAAGCAAUACGAGAAUUUAUACAGCCAGGCAAUAAAUAUGGUGAAAAUUUUCAAUAUGACGAGAAUAAUUACAACGAAAGAAAGUUGAGAGAAUACUUUCGAAACAAGGACAAGUUACACAGCAAAGAACUAGAAUUGUUACAAGAAACUAUAAGUGCUAACGUACUUCCACUUAAUACAAUCAAAUCUGAGAUGGUAGGGCAAAUAGAUGACCAAACUCCUAUGAAACAUUCAUUGAUAUCUUCUGUUAGCGCAGUGGAAAAUGUUUUACAAAAUUCAAAUAUCAAAAGAAUAUUUGAUAAAGUAAAUGGAAGAGACAUAAAUGAAAUAAGGCCAGAAGCAAAACAUAGGCUUAUACCUCAAACACUUGAAAAUUCUAAAAGUAAUAUGGCACUGAACUUAAGAAACAAAAAUACUAAUAUUGAAAGAUUAACUUCUGACAUUAAUAAUAUGGAAGAAUUUAAAAGGUUAAAAAAUCCUUCAACUAUUGAACAGUCUACAUUAUUUGAAAAUUUUAAUCAAAUACCAUUGGAAUACAUCACUAAGGGAGACAAGAAAGAGUCCAUUUCUCGAAAUAAUUUGAUGUCUAAAAUGCCCAGAGUAGAUGACAAAUGUUAUAAAUAUGAGAGCCAAUUAGAACAGCUCAAAAAUUCUUUCUAUGAAAAUCCGACUCCCAAAUACGACACAAGACGUUUGCAAACAACAAGUGAACAAAUGUUCUCAGAAGCUAAUGAGCCCGGUACAAAUGCUUAUAAUAAAAUUGAAAAAGAAUCCGAUUGUGGACUUGAAAGUAGAAUACAAAGAUUACCAACCCGAGUGAAUGGGACACCUAAAGAUAUAAAUAAUAUAGAAAGCUCUAGUGACAGUCAGUUAACUAUUAAAACAGCUUUUGAGCCUUCAAAACCUACUUUUAGGUUCGAAAAUAAUGGCUACACCAACGAUCUCAAAGGUUUUCUACCACAAUCAAAUACAAUACUAUAUCCUCAGGGUAAUAAUAACUGUGGUUCGCCUAAUCUCCCACAAAAACAAACAACUGAUGUAAAGAGCAAUAAUAUUCGAUAUAAUAUACAAGCUCCAUCCAAUUCAAAAGCACCUACUCUUCAUUACAAUACAGAUCAGACUUCGAAGGGGGUAGAUAUUAAAAGACCUGAGUCAAAUAUAGUUCAAACCCAUUCUAACACACAACGAUCUUCAAUAUGCAAGAUACCACCAAUAAACCAAGAAGCCCAAAAUAGUUAUAAUAUGGAUAAUUCAAAUACAAACAAUGUUCUUGAUUCGACUGUGCAAGUAGUGAAACCUGACACAGCGGUUAAUAUUGAUCAAAAUAGUGUGAAGUAUCGCACACUUCCAUCAGCUGUCAUUACUCCAAACGCACCAAAGCAAAUAAUAAAGAAUGAUUUAACAACAAUUCCAGUUCAAACAAGCGUUAUGCAACCCACAAAAGCACUGAAACCUUUAAAUGGUUAUAUCAUUCCUCAAGUAACCACCAUAGCUCCAUUCACAAUAAAGCCUGCGGAGGCAUAUUAUGCGAGUUCUAAGCCUAAGAUUACAGUUCUUAAUUCUAACCCAAAAAUGGAAUCAACUUUACAAAAGACUCAACCGGUAUACUAUAUUCCUAGGACUUCUGCAGCGCCGACCGCUUCUAUUGCGCCUGUUGUGAGGGUUCUUAAUAGAAACUACACGGUGCCGAAUAGAAAUUUGGUAAAUACACCAAAUAAAUUUACUUUAUCAAAUCACCAUCAAAUUCCAUCUUAUGCGGAUAGAUAUACCACUUUAUUGAACGAGUCACUGAACAACAUCGCUUCUGUGAUAGUCACUAAUAUACUAUCAAGUUUUAAUACAGAUUUGUCUAAUGUUGCAACACCAUCAUUACUUCAUGACGACUCAAAAGUAUCCAAAAUUCCUUUAACAUUGUCAGAAAUUUCAAGCCUUGAAAAUUCAAAUUCAACUACCGAAUCAAAUGAAACAAUUUCUAGUGCAACGUCGAAUUCAACUUCCAAACCUAAGUCUUACUUAUCUACAAUAACAAUUAAUGUUCUACCACCAGUUCAACAGAAAUCGAAUGAUAUUAUUAUAGUUGUGUAA